AUGAUUUAACCAAUUUCUAUUAAUCUUAAAGAAGAAAAAGUGUGGUAUGAUAAGGGUAAUAAAUUGUUAUAUAUCGUAUUAAGGUUCAGCAUUAGCCGAUAAAAAUCAAUUUCAAGAAGCAAUUUAAUGUUUUAAUGAAGCUAUUUUUAUUAAUCCUAAAUAUGAUUUCGCUUUGAUUGCCAAGGGUAAUUUAUGUUUAUUGUAAAAUUAUUAGGUAAUGCAUUAACUAAAUUGGAACAAUAUCAAGAUGCAAUUAAUUGUUACACCUAAACUGUUUAUAUUAAUCCUAAAUCUGAAACUGCAUGA